UCAGUGACACGCAGCUUUGGUUAAAGAGAGGGCGCGCAGGAGGGGAGGCGACGGCGCGCGGGACGCGGAGGAAUAGCCUGACUUUCCUGGCUAAGCCGUCGCGAGCCAUGGAUGCGCAAGGGCGACGCGCGCCUCCAGUAAAAGAAUGACUGCGAUUCGAGACCCUCUGCGGCCCAGCGGGUGGAUGUAAGUGCGAGCACAGUGUGGGUGGGGGUUGGUGGAGAGGGGGAGAUUCUGAUGCAAUCGGCCCCGAAAGGAGGAGGAGAGCCAGGAGAGCGCGGGCUGGGACAGCCACACCGCUCCGCCUGAAGGUCGCCGCCCUUCACCUUCCUCGGAAAUCCGCCACGCCACGCCAAGCCUCCCCGCCCAGCCCUCGCUGACGGAGGCCACCUUUUCCCGGCCGAGGGAGCCAGACCUUGACACAAAGGACAUCGCACGGCUGCAGCUCACGGGGAAAAUCCCGGGAGGGCGGACACCUUGACGUCUCCUUUUCCCACCUUUCCCUUUACUGCCCGAGAUAUUUAUUUAGUGACUACUGUGUGCCAGGCGCUACAUCUAUGUGCAUAGAAAAACCCUGGAAGGUCAUACUUUGAUAUAUACGCAGUGGUCAUCUCUGCUUGCUGAGAUAACAGGGGUGUCGACCUUAUAUUUUUGCUGCUGUCCAUUUGUAAAUCCACUCAGAAAAGAAGAAUUUGGACUAAUUUUUUGACUCCAGGUACUUUCUAAACAUGAUGCAUUUCAAAAGUGGACUCGAAUUAACUGAGUUGCAAAACAUGACAGUGCCUGAGGAUGACAACAUUAGCAACGAUUCCAACGAUUUCACCGAAGUAGAAAAUGGUCAGAUAAACAGCAAGUUUAUUUCUGAUCGGGAAAGUAGAAGAAGUCUCACCAACAGCCAUUUGGAGAAAAAGAAAUGUGAUGAAUAUAUUCCAGGCACCACCUCCUUAGGCAUGUCUGUUUUUAACCUCAGCAACGCCAUCAUGGGCAGCGGGAUUUUGGGACUCGCCUUCGCCCUGGCAAACACCGGGAUCCUGCUUUUCCUGGUACUUCUGACUUCAGUAACGCUGCUGUCUAUAUAUUCAAUCAACCUUCUGUUGAUCUGUUCAAAGGAAACAGGCUGCAUGGUUUAUGAAAAGCUGGGAGAGCAGGUCUUUGGCACCACAGGGAAACUCGUCAUCUUUGGAGCCACCUCUCUGCAGAACACUGGAGCAAUGCUGAGUUACCUCUUCAUAGUAAAAAAUGAACUACCCUCUGCCAUAAAGUUCCUAAUGGGAAAGGAAGAGGCAUUUUCAGCCUGGUACCUGGAUGGUCGCGUCCUGGUGGUGGUAGUUACCUUUGGCAUAAUUCUCCCUCUGUGUCUCUUAAAGAACUUAGGCUAUCUUGGCUAUACGAGUGGAUUUUCCUUGAGCUGUAUGGUUUUUUUCCUAAUUGUGGUUAUCUACAAGAAAUUUCAAAUUCCCUGCAUUGUUUCAGAGUUUAAUUCAACAAUAAGUGCGAAUUCAACAAAUGCUGACAUGUGUACGCCAAAAUAUGUUACCUUCAAUUCAAAGACCGUGUACGCUUUACCAACGAUUGCAUUUGCAUUCGUCUGCCACCCGUCGGUCCUGCCAAUUUACAGCGAGCUUAAAGAUCGAUCACAGAAAAAGAUGCAGAUGGUUUCCAAUAUCUCCUUUUUCGCCAUGUUUGUUAUGUACUUCCUGACUGCCAUUUUUGGCUACUUGACAUUCUAUGAAAAAGUGCAGUCAGACCUCCUGCACAAGUACCAGAAUAAAGAUGACAUCCUCAUCCUGACGGUGCGGCUGGCCGUCAUUGUUGCUGUCAUCCUCACGGUGCCCGUGUUAUUCUUCACGGUCCGUUCAUCUUUGUUUGAACUGGCUAAGAAAACAAAGUUUAAUUUAUGUCGUCAUGUCUUGGUGACCUUCAUACUUCUGGUGAUUAUCAACUUACUGGUGAUCUUCAUACCCUCCAUGAAGGACAUUUUUGGAGUCGUAGGAGUUACAUCUGCUAAUAUGCUAAUUUUCAUUCUUCCUUCAUCUCUGUAUUUAAAAAUAACAAGCCAGGAUGGCGAUAAAGGAACGCAACGCAUUUGGGCUGCCCUUUUCCUGGGUCUGGGGGUGCUGUUUUCCCUGGUCAGCAUUCCCUUGGUCAUCUACGACUGGGCCUACUCAUCAGGUAGUGACGAAGGCCACUGAGACCAGCUGAAAAAACGAAAACAGUCACGUCCCCACACAUCAGCAACCCCGCAUCACUCCCUCGGCAAGUUUACAGAAGCAGACAGAAAUUUACAAGGUACAAGAUGGAGUAACACUUCACUGGCAAAACAGAGACCUGUUUCUCCAACGGUUUGUGUCCCUCCAAGAUCCAGGAUUGAUCAAAGGAUUGUGGAUUUUUCCCCCCCCCAAAUUUCACACAAUCAUAUUUUCCAGUACUUUUCCCGCUCAGUUAUUCUUCACUCUCCUAACACUAUUUUUUUUUGUGAGUUCACUAUCUCUGUAGAACUUUAAAAACAUGAUCAUCAAUCAUGUUUAUUUAUUAUACACCCAGAUUCUGAAAUAAUUUUCCUACUGAUGUUCAGCUUCUGAUAUCUGUACCUUUUUAGAAGAGAAAAGAAUCUUGAAUUGUAUAUAUUUAUUUUGCUUUACAGAAAAAAAAAUGGUUUCGUAAAUAAUUUGCCUAUUUUGGUUAACAUAGCUAGCACAUAGGGAUAAUCAUAUGAGAGUUACAGGGCACAUGCCCCUGUUGGAUCAGAGGAUGCUCAAUAUUUGAGGUGGCUCUGAUCACCUGGAAGCUGAGGUCCCGCAGCCCAUGGCCUCACUGGUACUACAUCCUGCUCUGUGCAGAGACAUUCCCUGGAGAGUGUUCUCAGCUGGGAAAGGGGUGGGAGUGCUUCUCACCUUGGUAAACAUACAUAUCUGGGUAAUCUAGCAAAUGAAAGUUUGUUUCCCUCUUGGCAAUUUGUGUCAGAAUUACUCUAAUCUGAGUCAGCUUCUACUGGGGAAGACCCGUGACACCUUUGUAACAAAUGGAGAAGCAAGAGUCCAAAAUGCCUGAGAAACAUCUUCCUCUGAUGCAGACAGCCUUCAGCGCGAUAUCGGUAUUAUUGAAGGGGAAAAACAUUUCCUUAAAUUAUCAACCCAGCAGCUUCUACUCAUGUCCACCAGCUCUUUGCACAGGGAAUAAUGUGUAUCUAACCACGGAGGACCUAGGAUAAGUAAUUCCUGUUUUAUAUUGGGUACUUUGGGGGUGGGGUCUUUAAAAAGACUUGUUUUAUAUCUAUAAAUUUAGGUUAUUACAAAUAUAAGAUUUUUGUACCUUAAAUAAGCCUCAUUCCUAUUUCUUCUCCAUUAACAAUCCAUCCAGUCUUUAAAAAGAACAAGAACCCUCAAAGAUGGUCUUUGAGAAGAAUGUGUGAUGGAAUCACUUUGUACCUUUCUUCCCCUAGACGGGGCGUUUGGUGCCUGUGCUGGUCCUCUUCUCGCCCCUUGUCAAGGGUGAGCUGUUACUGCCCACCUGACAUGACCCACACUCUGCCCCAGCCCCUCUCCUAAAGCAGGAGAAAGAGACCACAGAGAGACUGAUAAAGAAGAGAGUUCGGGAGAAGUAGCUUGGAAAAGGAAUGGGGGACGAUAUGGAAACCCAGAACCACAUCCCCCCUGAGCUGGGCCAUCACCUGUGACUGGCUUGUCCACAUCACACAGUGAGAGGCGUGUGUGCUCCAUGAACUUGAAACAGGGCUUGUAUUUAAUCUACAUCCUGGUUGAACUUCACAAACAUAAAAGUUCACUGAGCACAGAUUGCUUAUCCAGAGAUAAACAGACUGUAACCACAGACUCUUGGCAGAGCUCCCAGGCACUUAAUUCUAGGUUCUGUUCCUCCCCCACUCAGCUCCCCAAAGGUCUGCACGCUUCCCAGGGCUGACACGGGACUGUCCCCUCCGCUUGACAGACUAAUGUCCCAUA